UUUGUUGUUCCUCUGUCUCUUUCUCGCACCAACUGCCAUCAUCAAGCAUCCUUUGCAUUUCUCCCAAAUCAACGGACAUAACUAACAGCCAUCGAUCGAUACACACACACCAAUCAACCCUCCUCAUUCCGAUCGAUCUUACUCAGAUCCUCACCACUUAUAUCCUCCUUAUCCAUCAUCCAACAUCGAUCAACAGUCAACACCCUCCUCAUCAAUCAAGUAAGCAAUGCGUAGCCGGGGAUCCAACAACCGGCUAUCCUCUUCUCGCUCAGCCUUUCAAUGGCGAAUCUCAUCUCUCAUUCUCUCCAUGUUCGCCACCAUGGCCGCCUUCUUCGUUGCCUCUCGAUUGUGGCAGGAGGCCGAAUCUAGGGUUUAUUUAGUUAAAGAACUCGAUAGAAGAACCGGUCAGGGGGAAUCUGCUAUAUCUGUUGAUGACACAUUAAAAGUUAUAGAAUGCAGGGAACAGCGAAAGAGGAUGGAUAUGCUUCAGAAGGAGCUGGAUGAAGCUAAGAAGGAAGGGUUUGUUCCGAAGAAUCGGUUGGAAAGUAGAGGGGAUGGUGAAAAGAAGAAGCUUCUUGCGGUUGUGGGAAUUCUUACGGGAUUUGGUCGUAGACAUAAUAGAGAUGCGAUCCGUAAGGCAUGGAUGCCUACUGGGACAACUCUAACAAAGCUAGAAGAAGAAAAAGGCAUAAUCAUACGAUUUGUUAUAGGCAGAAGCUCGAAUCAUGGAAAUAAUUCAGACAGUGACAUCAUCAACGAGAACGAAAGGACAAAUGACUUCCUUAUUCUUAAUGAUCACGUGGAGUCGUUAGAACAGCCAAUAAAAACCAAGUCGUUCUUUGUUGAUGCCUUACAACACUGGGAUGCAGAGUUCUAUGUAAAGGUCAAUGAUGACAUUUAUCUAAAUAUUGAUGCCCUCGGUGCUAUUCUUUCAACCCAUGUGAACAAGCCUCGGGCCUAUAUUGGGUGUAUGAAAUCUGGUGGUGUUUUCUCCAAACCGAGUGACAGAUGGUAUGAGCCAGAGUGGUGGAAAUUUGGGGAUAAAAAAUCAUAUUUUCGACAUGCUUCCGGGGAAAUAUUUGCUGUAUCUCAAGCUUUGGCUCAGUUUAUCUCAAUAAACAAGUCAAUACUUCGUGCAUAUGCUCAUGAUGAUGUGAGCGUUGGAUCAUGGUUCAUUGGUCUUGAUGUGAAGCAUAUUGAUGAAGGGAAGUUUUGUUGCUCAUCUUGGUCUUCAGGGGCAAUAUGUGCAGCUUCUUGAGGAGUUUAGGAUACACACUUCUAUUCAUUCUUGAGUUUUGAGCCGCGUAUCAUUUGGAAGUUAUUUCUGCUUCCCCUUCAUUGGAAAUAUAUAUGUUUUGUAAGUUUGCUACAAUAUUUGACUCCGAUUAUGUUGUUUUAAAAUUCAGAAAUAGUCUUGAUGUAAAUAAAGAACCCAUUUAUAGGUUGAGUGAUUUCAUAUAUUUGAAUCAGGUGUAAUUUGAAUGGUUAGAAAUAUUGUAGCACUUCAAGAAAAUCA